AUGUCAGAGAUUCCUAUCCAUAUUCGACACUGCAUUUUGUACGAGUUUCAAUUAGGAAACAACGCAACCGCUGCUGCCCGUAAUAUCUGUGCUGCACUUGGCGAAGGGUUAGUUGCUGAUCGCACCUGCCGAGAUUGGUUUAAAAGCUUUCAUGAAGGUGACAUGUCAUUGGAAGAUCGACCGAAGUCUGGACGUCCAGUCGAAUCUGAUAUUGAACGUUUAAAAGUCCUGAUCGGAGACAAUCCAUGA